AUGGGCGACUACGGCGAACAACUUUCCAUGGAAUUUGACCAUGUUGAGUUGCCAUUCGAGCUCAAAGCAGGUACAUCCCUGUUUCCCCUUUUGACUGACGGAAUUAUUCUAGAUGAUGAACAACUGGCCGUGCCACCAGUGGGUGGCAGAGUUGGCCAGACACGAAUUGCCCUGGAGUUGCGGUCCGACAUCUCGUCCGCAGCCCUGACAGGCUUCUGCACGCCCCGCGGAUUGACGCUCAUGAGUGUGUUGAACGUUGCUUGGUCUUUGGUGCUCGCGGCGUACGCCGACACCGAGGCGGUCAAUGUCCUGUUUGUUCGAUACGUGGCCGGGGUGCCCUACGUCGGCUUGUCUGAGACCGUGAUUGACGGCGGACGAACAGUACAGCAGACCUUGGCGGAGGCUGAACAGCAGGUGCACACGAGCAUGGCAGUGCCGUCGGCGACAAGCUUGUCCGAAUUGCAGAAGCGGACGGCUGUGGAAGGCCAUCCAGCAUUCAACAGCGCAGUGCUGUUAUCGGACAGCAAUGCCCCAGAGUGGGAAGAGACUGGAGAUUACAUUGCCGUCCAGGCGACAGCAACCCCCGAUCACCUGGGGACUUUUUUACAAUUUCCCACCCACAUGCUUCCCGCGGCACAGGCCCAUCACUGCGCGACGACCCUGAGCCAUGUGCUCGGAGAAAUUAUUCGGCAACCUGAUCUCUCAAUCGCCGAGGUCAGUAUGAUGAGUCCACAAGGGCUGCAGCAGGUCUCCCAAUGGAAUCAAACGGCGCCCGCUGUGGUCUCACGCUGUCUUCACAACCUCGUGGAUGAGACAGCCCAGGCGCGACCUGACGCCAUGGCUAUCGAAGGAGCAGAUGGUCGUAUGGCCUACGGCGAGUUGCAAACGUAUUCAAAUCGCCUGGCGCAGCACUUGGUUCAACUUGGAGUCGGCCCAGAAAUAUCAGUGCCAUUAUUCUUCGAGAAGUCGAAGUGGGCGAUUGUUACCAUGAUUGCCGUCGUCAAGGCCGGUGGCGUCAUCGUCAACCUGGAUGCCAAACAGCCACAAACGCGCUUACGAGGACUGCUCGCUCAGCUGCAAGCCCCAUUAGUGCUGACCUCAGUCCAUCAUGCUGGUCUCUGGGACAGCGAAUUCCCUGUUGUGACCGUCUCCGAAGAUGCCCUCGAACAGCUACCGACGGCGACGGAGGCCCCCAUUGUCACCGUUACGCCGCAGAAUGCCCUUUAUAUCAUCUUUACCUCAGGCAGUACCGGUACUCCCAAGGGAUGUGUAGUCGAGCACGAGUCCUUCCUAACAGCCGCCGCACAACACGUACAGGCCGGCCAAAUCCUCCCCUCCAGCCGGGUGCUGCAAAUGACGCCCUAUACAUUCGACGUCAGCAUGCUGGAAAUCUUUACCACGCUGACUACCGGCGCCUGUAUUUGUUUCUGCGAUGAUGAACAGGCGGCACUUGGGAUUGCCCACAUUGUCAAUUACCUCCAGAUCUCCUGGACAUUCAUGACGCCCUCUUUGGUGCGUAUGAUUGACCCGGCCUCGGUGCCUACCCUGAAGACGCUCGCCCUUGGUGGAGAAGGUCUGGGGCGCGUAGAUGUGACAACAUGGGCCGACAAGUUGCAUCUGAUCAACGGUUAUGGUCCCAGUGAAUGCUCCGUCGCAGCGACCAUCAACGAGCCAUUGUCACUCACGUCUGAUCCAGCUAACAUUGGCGUUGGAUACGGCGCUUUGUGCUGGGUGGUGCAUCCCGACGAUCAUGACCGACUUGUUCCCAUCGGUGCCGUUGGUGAACUCGUAAUUCAGGGCCCCAUUGUCGCGCGGGGCUAUCUUCAUGAGCCUGUCAAAACAGCUGCAGUCUUUUUAGACGAGCUUCCUGCCUUUUCUGCCCUCCUGCCCCGGUCGCCGCCGGCUUUCCGGCUGUAUCAGACAGGAGACCUGGUUCGCCAGAACAGUGAUGGUACUAUCAACUUCAUCGGCCGCAAAGAUCGCCAAAUAAAGCUCAACGGACAACGCCUGGAGCUCGGCGAGAUCGAACAGCGACUGUCGGAAAAUUCCCACGUCCGACAUUCCCUGGUUUUGCUGCCUAAAGAAGGUCCCUGUCAAGGUCGACUGGUUGGCGUCCUAUCGCUGCAUGAUUUCCCCUAUGAUGGUCCGCGUGACACCAGUGUCCAUAGUUUACCUGUGGAGGAGUCGCAGCUUGCGCGUCUCUUAUUGCCAGAAAUAACCGCGCAACUGGCUGCACAUCUCCCAGCAUACAUGGUACCAACCUUCUGGGUGGUGCUGGCCGCACUGCCCUUCACAACAUCAGGCAAAGUCCACGUCGUUUCAAUGACCCAAUGGCUGCAUGAGAUGUCCGACGAGAUCUACCGCGAGAUUGCCGGUGUGAGUGAUGAUGCGCCUGAGACUUGUCUUUUGACCGAUGUGGAAUUGCAAAUGCAGCAGAUAUGGGCGGAAGAAAUGGGCAUCCCUGCCGCAGAGCUCAAGACUAACCGAUCUUUCAUCGCCCUUGGCGGUGACUCCCUGACUGCCUUGAAGAUCGUGGCCCGUUGCCGUAAGCAGCAGCUGGUCGUUUCGGUCCCAGAUGUCUUGCGCGCUGCUAACAUCAUUGAAUUGGCCGCACGGGCAACUCAGGCGCCUGCAGACUCAUCUCAAGAGGGGAAAGAGAAUUCCGAGAACAAGACCAAUUCUGACCCGGCCCAGCGGGCCGCGACCGUGGACAAUACUCUUCUAGAAGCGGCAGGCUUGGCCAGUCGCAACCAGGUAGAGGAUAUCUACGGUUGCUCGCCCAUGCAGGACGGCAUUCUACUUAGUCAAGUCAAGUUCCCUGGCACCUACGAAGUCCGUCGGGUGCUGCGAGUAGAGUCCACCCGAGAUGCAUUCACCACUGUCGAUCGUCUGCAAAAGGCCUGGCAGGCAGUGGUAGAUCGGCACCAGAUGCUUCGAACGAUCUUCGUCGACACAGCUGGUCGUUUCCAACAGAUUGUGCUUAAGCAAGCUCCGGCCUGCAUCCAGAUUCACGAACUUUUGGACGAGCACGAUGAGCACGUCGUUAUCAAGUUUCUUCAAGCCCUGCCUUUACCAACAUACCAGCCUGCGCAGCCUCAGCAUCGUUUGACCAUUUGCCGUGCGGCUGGUGAUAAUGUCUUUGUUAAAGUCGAGAUCAACCACGCCUUGGUCGACGGAGGCUCUACUGAGGUUAUCCUCCACGAACUUUCGCAGGCCUUCGAUGACCACUCCUUCUCGGCGCCGCCCGCACUAUUCAGCGACUACAUCAAUUUUAUUCAUGCGCCGGAGACUGCCAGCAAAUCACUCAAAUACUGGACAAAAUAUUUGGACGGUGUGCAGCCGACCAUUGUACCCUUGUAUCCAGCAGAGGGCAGCCCCAAGCAGAUCCGUUCCGUGCCGGUGCCAUUCACAGAUGCCUCUGCACUGUCUCGAUUCUCCGAGAACCACGGACUCACUUUAGCAAACGUGCUGCAGACAGCCUGGGCAUUGGUUUUGUAUACCUACACGGGAGCCGAAGAUGUCUGCUUUGGUUACAUUGCCGCAGGCAGAGAUGUUCCAGUUGUGGGCAUUGAGCACGCGGUGGGAGCUUUUAUCAACAUGCUGGUGUGUCGCGUACGGCUAGCUCAGCAAGACACUGUCCUCGACACUGUUGCUUCGAUGCAGAAUGAGUAUUUCGAUGCUCUGCCUCAUCAACACACGUCACUGGCCCAGAUCCAGCACAAUUUGGACCUUUCGGGCAUGCCUCUUUUCAACAGCAUUGUAUCAGUACAAAGAGAUGUAUCUGACCAGCCGUAUGGAGAGUCACUCUCGUUCCGGCCCCUUGAAGAAGAUGAUCCAACAGAUGUCAGUGUUCAUUCGCGUUGGUUAACCGUCAAGAUUGAUAUUGGUUACUGGUCUUCGCUGCUAUCGGAUGGCGAUGCGACCAAUCUGGCCAACACUUUCGCGGGUGCCAUUUCGAGCAUCCUCAUGCACGCUCAGUCUUCUCCCACCGCAAUCGACCCUUUUACCGAGCAAGACCGCUACCAGAUUUUCGGUUGGAACCACAAGGAACCCGUCGCUGCACUCGGCGUUGUGCAUGAGUACUUCUACGCCCAGGUAUUGCAGCGGCCAGACGCACAGGCGGUCUGUGCUUGGGACGGAGAAUACACCUACGCCGAGCUAAACCAUCUGUCGGAGAAGCUGGCGUACCACCUGGCUCACCUCGGGGCGGGUCCUGAGGUACUCAUUCCUCACUGCUUCGCGAAGUCUAAAUUGGCUACAGUCACCAUGUUGGCUAUCAUGAAGUCCGGCAGUGCUGGCGUGGGAUUGAGUGCAGCCCAUCCCCGAACCCGAAUCCAGGAUAUCGUUGAGAAUUGCGCAUCACACAUCGCGGUCGUGGCAGCGCAACACGUACCUGUCGUAGAGGGCCUCAUUGAACACAUCGUGAUCAUCGAUGAAGCCUUCUUAGCGCAGCUGCCGGAUCCGCAACCGAAUGCGCAGUUGCCCCAGGCACAGCCCUGCCACCCGGCAUUCGUGUCUUUCACAUCCGGCAGUACUGGCAAGCCUAAGGGCAUUGUACUCGAGCACCGCUCUCUGAUCACUAGUAUUCUCGCCCAUGGGACUGAAUGGGGAUGCGACCCGUCUGCCCGCGUUCUUCAAUUUUCGGCCUACGCUUUCGACGCCAGUGUAUCAGACACAUUCACCACGCUCGUAGGUGGUGGAACGGUCUGCAUUCCCCACGAGAAGGACAGAGUCGAUGAUCUCGCUGGUGCCAUCAAUCGACUACGCGUCAACUGGGCAUUCCUGACUCCCCGCGUGCUGAGUCUGCUGUCUCCCGAGACGGUGCCUACCCUGCGAAAGGUCAUCCUGGGAGGGGAGGCCAUCUCACGAGAGGACAUUUCCCGCUGGACAGAGGCUAUCGACAUUCGCAUUGUCUAUGGUCCAACGGAGUGCACCAUCUACAGUAUGGGAACCGACCCGCUCACCGCGGCCAGUGAUCCCGCAAAUCUGGGCCACGCCGUCGGUACGCGGCUGUGGGUGACGCACCCAGAAAACACCAAUAAACUCAUGCCUGUGGGUUGCACUGGAGAGCUCAUUAUAGAAGGGCCCCUAGUGACACGGGGCUAUCUCAACGAGCCCGCCAAGACGGAAGCGGCCUACUUGGAAGACCCUAUGUGGCUGCCCAAGAAAGCAACAGGGGAGCCACGGCGUUUCUACAAAACCAGUGAUCUGGUACGAUACUACCCUGACGGGCAGCUGCGAUUUAUCGGUCGCAAGGACACUCAAAUCAAAAUCCGCGGGCAGCGGGUUGAGCUAGGCGAGAUUGAACACGCCAUCCUCGCGAGCAUGCCGGGAGCACUACACAUCACUGUUGACUCCGUCGUGCUGCCAACACAGACGCUUGUGGCAUUCCUCUAUCUCGAUGCCCCGUCCGUGGACAAAGGACCGCUCUUCGUGCCUUUGGCUUCUGACGUCACCGAACAGCUGCGCACCUUGGAAAAGAACCUGGCUGAGACACUUCCAAGCUACAUGGUGCCCAGCCUGUUCAUUCCCAUCUCCCACAUCCCCAUGACCAUUUCAGGAAAGGUCGACCGCAUUGCCUUGCGCCGCGCCGUCCAAUGUCUCUCCGCCGAGCAGUUGGAGAUGUAUGCGCUAGCGCAAGGUGCUAAAGCUGCACCGCAGAGUCCGCAAGAGCAGUGCUUGCGAGACCUUUGGGCCAAGGUUUUCCGCAAAGACCCCGAGUCCGUGGGUCGCCACGAUAGUUUCUUCCGCUUGGGCGGAGACUCCAUUGGCGCUAUGAAGCUGGUGGCAGCCGCAAGGCACGCCGGCUUCGUGCUCAGCGUGGCCGACAUUUUCGGGCAUCCCGAACUAUUAGACAUGGCUGAGUGUGUCGGACUUCCUAAAGUUGUGGAGCCAGCCAUUUACGCUCCCUUCUCUUUGCUGCCGAUUGAUCCUAUCCAGCGGGAAGGCUUGCUGGCCGAUGCAGCCAGACAGUGCUCGGUUUCGAGCGACGCAAUCGAAGACGUCUAUCCUGCUACUCCUCUUCAGGAAGGUGUGUUUCUCAUGUCGACAACCCACAAUGGUGCAUAUGUUGCCCCCACAGCCUUCCGCUUGCCCGCCGGUUUCGAUGUGGCACGCUUCCAGAAGGCCUGGCAGGUGCUCGUCAAUACCCAUCCCAUUCUGCGCACACGGUUGGUCACCAUCGAUGCGACCUCGCAUCAGGUGGUCUUGACCCCGUCCGCCUCCUGCCUACAGUGGGAGCAAGCGCCAUCCAGCAGCGAUUACCUGACGCGUAUUCAGGCGCUGUCGGUGGUUGCAGAUUUGUCACCCACCAUAACUCCAUCUUAUGCCCAAUUCGUCCAAUUCAUCCAGAACUCCGACCAGACUGCUUCCCGCAAUUUCUGGGCAUCACUUGUGCCCCAAGAGCCUCCGGCUACUUUCCCUCGCUUGCCCUCAGCAGCUUAUCAGCCGACUGCUAAGGUAACCUGCUACCGCACAAUCUCGGCUGCUGUUCCGCAAGGAUCAAAUUUAACCCUCGCCAUCCUGCUGCGGGCGGCGUGGUCUAUUGUGCUCGCGCGUUAUUUGGACGCGGAAGAUGUAUUGUAUGGUCUGACUCUGUCUGGUAGAGAUGUGCCAGUUCCAGGCAUUGAGCACGUGGUGGGUCCAACUAUUACGACAUUGCCCAUCAAUGUCCAUCUGGAUGGCGAGAUGCCGGUCCAGACAUUCUUGCAGCAGCAGCAGGACCAGAAUGUCGGGAUGAUGCGUCACCAGCAUGCAGGACUGCAAAUGAUACGUCGAAUCAGUCCGGCCGCGGCCGCGGCCACCGAAUUUACCAAUUUGUUUGUCGUGCAGCCUCAGACGGACGAGGCGAAGGGGCUCACCGAGUUGGUCAAAGUUCCCACUGACAUGACCCGCUUUGAUCCGUAUGCAUUGGUGGUUGAGUGCAAUCUGGCAGACAAACAGGUGCAUCUCGAAGCUCGCUUCGACGAUGCUGUCCUGUGUACAGAUCAGACACAGCGCCUGCUUGGUCAUUUCGAACACGUCCUCGGCCAACUCACACAGCUGGAACCCAGUCGUCUUCUCCGGGAUAUUGACGUAUUCAGUCGCGAAGAUGAACAACAAAUAUGGGAAUGGAAUGCGAUCCCCGCCAAAUCUGAAAACAAGUGUGUGCAUGAUGAGAUCGCGAAGCAGGCCCAGCUCCGGCCGGAUCAUACUGCCAUCGAAGCAUGGGAUGGAUCGCUCACCUACGGCGAGCUCGAACAAAAAUCAUCGCAACUGGCCCACUGGCUUUCGGCCAACUACUCAAUUCAGCCAGAGUCACUUGUACCACUGUGCUUCGAAAAGUCCCGGUGGACAAUUGUCACCAUGCUGGCGGUGGUGAAAUGCGGCGGAGGCUGCGUGAUGUUGAAUCCGGAUCAUCCCAUCUCACGUUUGGAGGGAGUGAUUGCGGACACAGCCUCAUCAGUGGUGUUGGCCUCGCCGGAGCUCGCUGGACUUUUUGCUUCAGUGGACACCACAGUGGUUGGUAUCAGUGAAGCCCUGAUCACUGGCCUGUCAGAGCUCACAGAAACGUUUCUGUCACUACCAUCCAUUCAGCCUACAAAUCCGAUUUUCGUCAUUUUCACCUCUGGUAGUAGUGGAAAGCCCAAGGGCAUCAUAGUGCAACACAAUAGUGUAUGUACUGUGGCUAUCCAGCAUGGUGAGGGCCUCGGUUUCACUGGCUCCGAUCAACAUGUGCUGCAGUUUGCCUCGUUCAGUUUCGAUGUCAGCAUGGGAGAGGUCUUUAUCACGCUCAUGAAAGGCAGCACACUCUGCAUUCCAACAGAGCACGACCGCAUUAACGAUCUGGCGGCCACCAUCAACCGCAUGCGAAUCACCUGGACAUUCAUGGCGCCCACGGUGGCGGCCUUGCUCGAUCCCCACGACGUGCCCGACCUGCAAACGCUGGUUCUAGGAGGAGAAGCAGUCUCACAGAGCUUGGUAGAUCAAUGGGUGAGCCAGGUUAAUUUGAUCGACUCGUAUGGGCCAGCAGAAUGCACUAUCUGGGCCUCGCAUGCCAACCCGAGCGCCACCGUGUCGCCAGCAAACAUCGGCCGUGGAGUUGGUUGUCGGUACUGGGUGGUGGAUACCCAGGACCAUAACCGAUUGGCUCCCAUUGGUUGCGUGGGAGAGCUGCUCAUUGAAGGUCCCAAUGUCUCGCGUGGCUAUCUCAAUGAGCCAGAUAAGACAACGGCCGCGUUUAUUGAGAAUCCGGCCUGGCUCCACGGUAAGGAAGAACCACAAUACAAGUUCUACUGCACCGGCGACUUGGUGCGAUACAACGCGGAUGGCACACUCAACAUCGCUGGACGGAAAGACAGUCAGGUCAAACACCAUGGCCAGCGCAUUGAACUGGGCGAGAUUGAGUUCCACCUGCGCUCCCGUUCUCAGGUUGAAGCCGGCAUGGUCAUGUUGCCCAAAACUGGUCCCUGUCAGGGCAGGCUAGUGGCUGUGAUCGCGCUGACGGAUUUGCAACCCGUUGCGGUCGAGGGAGAUCGCGUUGCGCUUAUUCCUGACGCUCUCCAGUCCCAAGCACAGCCGCAGAUCGAGCAGGUGCAGGAAGAGCUAGGCGCAGCGCUGCCACCCUACAUGGUCCCAACUAUCUGGCUUGUCCUGGACUCUAUUCCAUUGACAGCAUCUCGCAAGGUCAACCGGAUGCCAAUCUCGCGCUGGGUGGCCAACAUGUCCGAUGGGACCUACCGCACUGUAGUGAACAUUACAGCGCCAACUGUGCAUCUACCAACUACGGAGCUGGAGAAGCAGAUGGCCAAGGUUUGGAGCCAUGUUCUCAACUUGCCCGUCGAAUCCAUAGGUAUGAAUCGUUCCUUCCUUAGUCUGGGCGGAGACUCGAUCACGGCCAUGCAGGUUGUCUCACGCUGCCGCGCAAACGAUAUCGAGCUUAGCGUUCAGGAUAUUUUACAAGCGAAGUCUCUCGCCGCCGUUGCCGCCCGCGCCAUCACCGCCACACACUGUGCUGUGCUUCGCGAGGAGCAGUAUGAUGUGCCCUUUGAACUGUCUCCAAUCCAACAGCUGUACUUCGAAGAGGUGGCGCGAGGUGAGGGAGAGCAGAAUCACCACUACAACCAAAGUGUGUUGAUGCGUGCGACACGUUCUAUUUCGCACUCAGAUCUCUCUCGGGCUAUUACGCAGCUGGUGGCCAGCCAUGCGAUGCUGCGAGCCCGAUUCAGCCAGCAGGCUGAUGGUCAAUGGGUUCAGCUGGUGCAGAGCCCAGCCCACGAUUCAGCUCCGGUGGUCAGCCACCAAGUGGCCAACCGUGCGGCGAUGAUGGAGAUUAUUAUGACUUCUGAGCGCCGUAUCGAUAUCGAGCAUGGUCCCAUCUUCGUGGUCGACAAUUUCAUGCUGCCAGACCAGCAUGGACAAUUAAUAUCAUUCAUCGCACACCACCUGAUCGUCGAUGUAAGUCCAUCCAGAAUGCCGUAUCAAAACUGGGUCCAGGAACAGCGUCAGUAUUCUGAACGCCUGACGACCUCAUCCGACCUGCCAAUUGCCCUCCCUGCGGCGAAUUUGGAAUACUGGGGCUUGAAGCGGCUGCCGACGUGGGAGGGUGGUGAGGAGCUGCAGUUCACACUCGAUGCAGCAACUACUGCUCUCCUGCUGACCACUGCCAACACGGCGCUCCGCACUGAGCCGAUCGACUUGCUUAUUGCUGCCCUGCAGCAAUCUUUCGUUGAGUCGUUCCCCGACCGCACAAUGCCCGCUAUAUUCAACGAAAGCCACGGUCGAGAACCGUGGGAGCCUUCAAUUGAUCUCUCCGAAACAGUCGGGUGGUUCACUACUUUCUACCCCAUCUAUCGUCGCGUGCGCCAGCAUGAGAGCAUCAAGCAUACAGUCAAGCGCACUAAGGAUGCGCGUCGCGCUUUCAAGGACAAUGGCUUUGCAUACAACACUCGUCGCCAUUUCAAUGCUGACAGCCGCGAGAAAUUCGCACAUCACCGCAUUAUGGAGAUAUGCUUUAAUUACCUGGGUCAGUCACAGCAAAACGAGCGCGAGGAGGCUCUAUUACAGGAAGAGCCGCUCCUAGCAGGUGAUUCCAUCAAGAAUAUCGGGGACACGAUGGGCCGGCUGGCUGUCUUCGAUAUCGGUGCUGCCGUCUCCCGCGGACGUCUCACCGUCUCGUUCUUCUUCAACAGCAUCAUCCACCAUCAGGAUCGAAUCCGACAAUGGGUGCAGAGCUACAAGACGAUUCUUUCCUCUGCGUUGACCGAGCUCGCGGCUAGUGACGUCGAAUACUCCAUCAGCGAUUUCCCACUCCUACAAAUCAAUUACCAAGACCUGACGACGCUGACCACGACGACUCUUCCCACCAUUGGCCUCCCACAGGCUGCGAUCGAAGACAUAUAUCCUUGUUCGCCAAUUCAGCAAGGCAUUCUCAUCAGUCAGGCUCGCGAACCUGGAACUUACGAGGUGCGCCAGCUCUUUGAGAUUGUUCCGCGUGCUGAUAUUAGCCCCGUGGAUGUGCCACGCCUGCUGCAGGCCUGGCAACGCACUGUGGAUCGCCAUUCCCUGCUUCGCACCGUCUUCGUCGAGUCGCUGAACGGUGCUGGGGGCUAUGACCAACUGGUACUUCGUUCCCACGCACCGCAGGUUCAGCGACUUGUCUAUCAAGACACUGAUGGCGAUGUGGUCCCAUUCAUUCGGCGACAGGCCGCCCCAGACUACCACCAGCCAGUCCCCGCACAUCGACUGACCAUCUGUGAAGCCUCUGGGGUAGUUUACUGCCAACUGGAGGUAAGCCACGCGCUUAUCGAUGGUACCUCCAUGGCACUGCUCGUCCGUGAUUUCAUUUCGGCUUACGAGAACACCCUUCCUACCACUCCCGGUCCGCUCUAUAGCGACUACAUGGCCUACAUUGCCUCGCGGUCACCAGAAGAUGCCCUGGCGUACUGGACCGCACGGCUGGCUGAUUUGGAGCCCUGCCACCUCCCCGACUUGCAGCCCACUGAGUUGCCCGCGGCUGCUUUCCAGUCACAGACUAUUCACAUCGACGCAGAUGGCCAACUCCAAAGAUUCUGCGGCUUGGGCCUCGUUCUGCGUGCAUACACAGGCAGGUCAGAUGUCUGCUUCGGAUACAUGGCCUCUGGUCGCGACAUUCCAAUGGAGGGCAUCUAUGACGCCAUCGGGCCAUUUAUCAACCUCCUGGUAUGCCGACUGCAUGUCGGCGAUGCAGUGUCAGUGCGCGACCUGCUUCAGGCAGUCCGGUCCGAUUACAUGGACAGUCUGCCCCAUCAGCAGACCUCUCUGGCCUCGAUCCAGCACGCCUUGGGUAAAAGUGAGGCAGCUUUGUUCAACACCAUUCUCUCACUCCAGCGCGAGCCGGUGGAUGGUCCAACGCCACAAGUAGAGUUCCAGAUUGUCGAUCAAGUUGAUCCAACAGAGUAUGAUGUCGAUCUCAACAUUACCACUGGCUUGGCCUUGGGCGUGGAGAUUCAUCUCAGCUACCGCACAUCCAUGUUUAAUGGAACUCAGGCGGACAGCCUGCCGCAGAAUUUCACCAACGUGCUGCUCGCCAUCACCACUAGCUCGGACCAGCUUCUAUCGAACUUGAAUAUGGCCUACCCGGGAAUAAGCACUUUGCCAGAGCUGUCCCCCGAGCCUACACCAACGGCAGUAGAAGCUACAGUGUUGGAGCUCAUCGCCAAACACACAGAGCAGCAUCCCAUGUCUGUCGCGAUGCAAUCCACAGAUGGCCAGGUCAAACUCACGUAUCACGAACUCGAUCGUAUGACAAGUGCUCUGGCCAGUGACUUGCAGGGUCUGGCCGUGCAACCGGGAGACACAGUUCUUCUCAGCUUCGCGCGCUCGGCCUGGGCUCUAGUGGCUAUGCUGGCCGUCCUCAAGGCGGGCGCGACCUCGCUCUUCCUGGACCCGCUGGCCAGCUCCGACAGUCGACAGGAGACAUUUUCGGCUGUGCAAGCCAGGGUAGUCUUAUGUGGCAGGGAACAUGCUACCGAUUUCGAUGAGCCAUCUCUCACCCCGGUAAUUGUCGAUGCGGGUGCGAUGGCCGUUUGGGACGAUGCGUCCCCGGUCUUCGCGCCGCCGAACUGCUUAUCUCCUGAUACAGUAGCGGUAGCCAUUCAGGACGGCGCAGACUGGGCACUUCUGACGCAUCGCACGGUCAGUACUGUCGCCUCACUGCUAGGACCAGUGGCUGGGCUCGACGCCGAUGCUCGGGUGUUGCAGUUCAGCGCUGCAACCUCGCCUUUAUACAUAGUGGAGACGCUGUAUUCCUUGAUCAACGGCAGUACAAUCAUCGUUCCCGCUGAGGGUGCCAGCUUUUCUGAGGCCAUGUGCAGCUCCCAGUCCAAUUGGGCCAUUACAACUCCCACUGAGGCCGCUCUAACCUAUCCGGCUCAAGUGCCAUCUCUGCAGACUCUGCUGGUGGCUGAGGGAGAGAUUUCCCCUGCUUUGCUCGCAAAAUGGUGCGACAUCAAGUUAAUUCAUCCACACGAAUUGAUUCAACCGCCGACUUGGCUAUCGCUCUCUGGUUCUCCAGCUGGCAGUGUUACUCUGCAGCUCCUUCCUGCGUCGAAUCUCGGGCGGAUGUGGAUCCGCUGCCCGUUCAAUCCUGCAGCGCUGGCGCCGGCGGAUUGUGUUGGAGAGGUUCUGGUGGACGGUCCAGUGGUGCCCCGGGGCUAUCUCCGGGACCGCAAAGAUCGACUUCUGGAUGCCCCGUGGCUGCCUGGCACUCCCUUAUGCCGUACAGGUGACCUCGGCCGAUGGACAUCAGAACACCAGCUGUCCUUAGUGCAGCAUCUCGGGGUCACCAGCGAAAUUUCGUCGAGUCUAGCCCUCCUUGAACAGCAGGUGCAAUCAACUCUCCCAAUUACACAGCACGCGGUACUUUCCAUCCUCCGCCGUGGAUCCAUUGAAGAAGUAGCUAUGUUCCAUGUCGAGUGUAACCAAAAGAUUCAGGCGACCCCUGCCCUGCUGGUGAUGUCAGACGUGCAGCGACAACAGUUCAUGUCGUUGAUAUCAUCGCUCAAGGAACAUGCGCCUGAGGCUGUGUCGCCCGCUUUUGUCUUCCCACUUAACGGCCUUGCUCUGACGGCGGAUCACAAGGUCCACCGCGCGGCCUUGGAUCGGUUGGUAGCUGGCCUCUCGCAGCCGGAGCUGGAGUCCUACCGUCUUGUUUCCGCAAAGACGACCGCCCACUUCACGGCCAACGAGCUACUCCUCCGCGAUCUCUGGGCAGAGGUCUUGGGUCUGCCAGAUCGUAGUGCUCUUCGUCCUACUGACACUUUCUUCCGGUUGGGAGGAGGUUCUAUUGGAGCCAUGCGUAUCAUCGCCGCUGCCAGAAGUCAAGGCCUGGCACUGACGAUGAAUGGAAUCUUCCAGCAGCCCACUCUGGCCGGUAUGGCUCAAGAAUUGCGCCUUCUGGCUCCGCAUGAGGAUCGACCGUUGAAGCCGUUCUCUCUGCUCCCUACUGCACUAGAUUCUGCGCUUCUCAUCUCCGAGGCCGCGCAGAAGUGCCAGGUCGAGCCCACGGCAAUCGAGGAUAUAUACCCCUGUACGCCGCUCCAGGAGGGACUUAUGGUUUUGACCAGCCAAGAUCCCACGGCCUACGUGGUCCAGGAGGUUUUCCAAUUGCCAAAGAAUGUCGACAUGUCGCGUUUCCAGGCAUCCUGGGCAGCAGUCGUCGCCCGCAGCACCAUUCUGCGCACCCGGAUCAUCGACACUGCUGACGGUGCCUUCCAGAUAUUGCUGCAGAACCCCAUUGUGUGGGGAACGGGAUCUGAUCUGACAACAUUCCUGGCCCAAGAUGCGGCCGAGUCCAUGACCUACGGCCGGCCCCUGGCGCGCUUCACGGUCUUGGGGGGUUCAGGCCUCCGAUACUUUGUCUGGACUGCGCACCACGCAGUCUACGACGGUCUGACCAUGUCCAUCUUGGCUAAGCAGGUCUCUGCGGAAUAUAACGAAGAGAUUGCGUUGCCUGAAGUCCCCUACAAUCGGUUCAUUGACUAUAUACAAAGCAUCAGUCCGGCCUCGGCCACUGAAUUCUGGACAGCGCAGCGUGCAACCCCCGCUGCAACCUUCCCACUCCUGCCCACGCGCAGUUACCAGGUGUCUCCAAAUCAGGUCCAGACGCACUCGGUUCCUGUGACCCGCAACCCGUCUGACAUCACGCUCCCGACUGUGCUGCGUGCAGCCUGGGCGGUUGUGCUGUCGCAUCUGACAGACUCGGAGCAUGUGAGCUUCGGAGCGACACUGUCCGGUCGAAACGCCGCUUUGGCCGGAAUCAACCAGGUGCUGGGUCCGACAAUUGCCACAGUCCCCAUCCACGUCCAUGUUCGCGAGGGCCAGUCGCCGGCUCAUUUUCUCCGGGCCGUGCAUAUGCAGUCCAUCGACAUGAUUCCCUUUGAGCAUACUGGGCUGCAGAACAUCCGACGCAUGGGUGAGCAGGCUCGUGAGGCUGUCGAAUUCCAGAAUUUGCUCCUCAUCCAGCCUGGAAGCGCGCCGAUGGAUGAGUCCGACUUCUUGGGUCUGACACCUGUCACAUUGGAGAGCCAACAGGCCGACCCGUACCCCCUGACAGUGGAAUGUAACCCGAUGGAAAGCUGCGUGGAGAUCAAGGCACAGUUCGAUAGUUGCCUCAUCUCAGUCAGCGAGAUGGACAUGAUACUCAAGCAAUAUGCGCGCACCAUUCAGCGAUUCCAAGCUGUGCGGGUCACCACCACCGAGGACACCGUGGAUGAUUCUAUGGACCCGGUAGGUCCUAUCAGCAACGAGGAUUUAGACCAGAUUCUUUCCUGGAACGCUGAUCACCCCCCUUUCAUUGAUUCGUCCGUUCACGAGCAGUUUGAGGAGCAGGUACGUCUGCAACCUGAUGCGCCAGCCGUCUCCUCGUUCGAUGUCAAGCUCACCUAUCGCGAACUGAAUGUUCUGGUGGAUCGGCUGGCAAAUGAGUUGCUCGCACGCGGCGUUGAGCCGGAGAUGAACAUCCCUCUUUGCUUCAACAAAUGCUCAUGGACCAUUGUCGCCAUGUUUGCCGUCAUGAAGGUCGGAGGAGUGGGCUGCAUGCUCAACCCGGAGCAUCCCAGCAGUCGUAUCCAGCUGCUACUAAACGACCUAGAUGCCAGUUUGGUCCUUUGCGAUCCAGGAUCCUCAACCAUGCUUUCGACACUGCUUCCUCCCAAGGGCGUGCUCCCAGUUGACGGUGCAUACCUACACAUGCUACCCCCAUCGGCGCCUCCAGGACUCCGCGUCCGGCCGGACAACGCUGUUUUCGUGGUCUAUACCUCAGAUAGUACUGGUAAGCCAAAGGGUAGCAUCCUGGAACACCGCUCCCUUGUCACCGGCUUACGGGCUCACUGUGCUGCCAUGGGCAUCGGCCCGGGCACACGCACCUUCCAGUUUGCCGCCUAUACCUUCGAUGUCUGCUUCGAGGAAAUUAUCGGCUCCCUGAUGCUGGGAGCCUGUGUCUGUGUGCCUAGUGAGACAGAGCGUAUGAAUGCUCUGGCCGAUGCGAUGGCCCGAUACCAGGUAACCUGGACAGAACUUACUCCCACCGUUGCCAACCUGCUGCUCCCUAGCAGCAUUCCAUCGCUAAAGACGCUGGCUCUGAGCGGCGAAUCUCUCACGAAAGAGGUCAUCCAGCGCUGGGCUGGUGCGGUACAAAUCAUCAACACUUACGGGCCGAGUGAAUGCUGUGUCUCAUCCACUUGCAACGUGAACACUGCCACGCUCCGUGUCCCCAGUAACAUUGGGCGCGGCCUGGGUUGCACCACCUGGAUCGUCGAUCCCGGAAACGUGGAUCGGCUAGUAUCCAUCGGCGCCGCCGGCGAACUUCUGAUUGAGGGCCCCAUCGUUGCCCGAGGCUAUCUGAACGAGCCGGCCAAAACGGCAGCCGCUUUCAUCUCCGCACCAACCUGGUGGCCCGAAUCCUACCAGUGUGGACGCAUCUACCGCACUGGCGAUCUGGUCAAAUACAAUUCCGAUGGUACCAUCAAGUUUAUCGGCCGCAAAGAUACGCAGGUCAAAUUACAUGGUCAGCGUAUUGAGCUAGGCGAAAUCGAGCAUCGCAUCCGCGGCGCAUUCACGAACGAUUCCCAACAGGUGGCCGUUGAGGUUCUAAGUCCCACUACGCGGAGCGGGCUCAAGAUCCUGACCGCAUUCAUUUGUGAAAGCGAUGCCGUCUCAGAGGAUGUUGAGAAUCUCUUGCUACCGCUGGAGGAUGGACGGCCGGAACGCUUCCUUGCGUUGCAAGCCCGGCUGUUGGUGGACCUGCCUCGCCAUAUGGUGCCACAACUUUUCAUCCCCGUCUCACACAUGCCACUGUCACCGUCGCGCAAGUUAGAACGCAAGAGCUUGCGCAUGGUCGGUAACGGGCUCACGCCCGAGCAGCUGGGCGCAUAUGCUCUCACGCAGGUGGCAAAGACGGCGCCCACCACAACUAUGGAGAAGGCGUUGGCGGGCAUUUGGGCCCAUGUGUUGGGCGUCAGUGCUACUGGUGUGGAGGACCACUUCUUCCACCUAGGUGGAGACUCCAUUGCUGCCAUGAAGGCCGUGGCCGCGGCCACCAAGGCAGGCCUGCCGCUCAGUGUUGCCGAUAUUAUGGACUUCCCGACGCUAGGCGCUAUGGCCGCAGCGAUGGAUUGCGCUUCUGAUAUGCAGGCGCUAGAAAACACGGCGCCAGUACCCUUCAGCCUCGUGUCCCCCAAUUACGUCUCCGACGUGAUGGCUCAGGCGAUGUCUCAAUGUGCGGUCCUGGACGAUGCAAUUGAGGACAUCUAUCCAUGCACUCCAUCUCAGGAGGCGUUGAUGGCACUUACAGCGCGUGAUGAAACCGCAUACGUCUCGCGUGCUGUCUACCGGUUACCUCUCAAUCUGGAUGUCGACAAAUACCAACAGGCAUGGGAGCUUCUCGCCCGCCGUCAGACCAUCAUGCGCACGCGCAUCAUCUACUCCAGUAUUGCCACCCAAUCCUUCCAGGUAGUAAUGCACGAAGGCAUAGCGUGGCAGUCGGGCGACUCGGUGGAGGCGUAUCUCGCCGCCGAUAAAAUGACUCCCAUGCACCACGGCCAGGCACUAAUGCGCUUUGCCCUCCUUCCCGGCACCACCCAGGAUCCACGACCCUCUCUUGUGCACACAGCUCAUCAUGCCGUAUAUGACGGCUGGAGUGAAGCCGCCAUGUUUGACGAAACCGAGGCCAUUUAUCGCCAUGGCCUAGCAGCCUUGCCGCCCGUUGUUCCUUACAACAAGUUUAUUCACUACCUCAGCAGCGUUGAUGCUACCGCGCGUGAUAGCUUCUGGCGUACGCAGCUGGAUGGUGAUCUGCCCGCUCCAUUCCCCCCUCCUCCCCUUGCUGCAACGGCGUCAUCCCUAAUUCCUUGUCCCAAUCGCUCGCAGUCUUACGCAAUUUCCCUUCCACUUCGCUCUUCUACCUCUUCCUUCCCCUUCAGCGCCCCUACCAUUCUCAAAGCCGCAUGGGCCCUUCUGUUGGAGCGCUACACGCUCUCUGAAGAUGCUAUUUUCGGCCAUGUGCUGUCGGGCCGCACGGUGCCUCUCCGGGGCGUGGCCGACAUGAUGGGCCCGACCAUCGCAACUGUCCCAGUGCGCGUUCGGCUUAUUAAAGAGGAUAACAUCGACACCUUCCUGCGUCGCAUUCACGAUCAGGCCCAGGCCAUGACACCCUUCGAGCAAGUCGGGCUUCAGCAUAUCCGUCGGCUGCUGCCUGCCUCAGAGUCGAUCGACGUCGGUCAUCUCUUCUUUGUUCAGCCUCCCCUCGACGCUCCCGCUGCGGAUCUCGGCCUUGAGGCUAUCACAGAUGCUGACUUAAACUUUGACACUUAUCCAUUGAUCGUGGAAUGCCAGCUGGGCACGAACGCCGAUCUGAAUGUCGAAGUGAAAUAUGACGACGCCCGCAUUGCCCAAGCCCAGAUGGGCUGGCUUCUGAAGCACUUCGAGCAUCUGCUUCAACAGCUAUCUGCGCCGGUGGAUGGGACCCCCGUGGAACCGGUUGCCUCCACUCUGCAUGAUAAGAUAUGUGCCCAAACCCGCGCCUAUCCGAAUCGGUCUGCCGUUGAGGCUUGGGAUGGUCAUCUCACUUACAGUGAGCUCGACCACCUCUCAUCGCAGUUCGCUCAAGUCCUCGUCGAUCUCAAUCUGCCCCUUGGCGAUCCAGUUGGCUUGGUUUUCGACAAGUCCUGCUGGGCUGUUGUGGCACUCCUCGCCGUGCUCAAGGCUGGCGGAAUUUGCGUUCAUCUAGAUCACCAGCAUCCGCCUGCGCGACUCACAGAGAUUUCCAUCGACACAGGAUUGCAGUACAUUCUUACCGCACCCCCUCAUGCGCACAUAGGGGCGAUGCUGGCAGUGGACCAUGUGCUAGUCGUGGAUUCCACCAUGGCGUCCAAGCUGCCUAGCAGUCCCACAAUUGUCCAACCGCUACCGGUCGUUGACGCCAUAUCGCCAGCCUACCUGACUUUCACCUCAGGCAGUACUGGUAAACCCAAAUCGGUGGUGAUUGACCACUGCGCUAUCCAUACCAGCAUCGUCGCCUUCAGCUCAGCGCUAAACCUCACCCCCAACUCGCGGGUGCUGCAGUAUGCCGCGUACACCUUCGACAUCAGUUAUGCCGAGAUUUUCGCGCCGUUGGUUCUUGGUGCGACGGUUUGUAUAAUCUCAGAGCAGGACCGACUCAACGACAUAGCAGGUGCCGUUAGUCGCCUCGGUGCCAAUUGGGCCUGUCUCACACCUACUGUCGCCAAUCUUGUCCAGCCUUCAAUGGUACCAUCGCUGAAGACGCUCGUUCUCAGCGGUGAGUGUCCCACAGAGGACAAUCUUCACACCUGGGUUAGCCACGUGCCCACCCUGAUAAAUGCCUAUGGCCCCAGCGAAGCCUCAGUUUGGUGUACCGCCGGUCCCUUCAAGCGGCCGGAUGAUCGCUGUACCAACAUCGGUCUGCCUGUCGGUUGUCGCCUGUGGAUCGCUGAGCCUGAUAAUCUGCAUCGCUUAGCGCCGCUGGGCUGCGUGGGCGAGCUGCUUAUCGAGGGUCCCAUUCUGUCCCGAGGAUACUUAAAAAACGAGCAGGCCAGUAACGCCGCUUUCCGUCGCGAUCUUGCAUGGAUGACUGAGCCGCAGCUUUGGUCUGAAUGCUCGCUUGUCUACCGUACUGGCGAUCUCGCGCGCUACUUCCCUGACGGUAGCAUUGAAUAUCUCGGCCGCGCAGAUACCCAGGUCAAGGUCUACGGUCGUCGCAUCGAGCCGCGCGAGAUCGAGCACCACAUGCGUACUCUGCUGCCUGGCUACUCCACCAUGGUGGACAGCGUGACCCUCGCCAGUCGCAAUGGCCAGAAGGUUCUGGUGGCUUAUAUUUACCAGGAGUCUGGCCCCGUGCCUGACAUGGAGCUCGGAGCGAUUGCGCGGGCCCUUACGCCAGAGCUUCAACAAACACUGGUUAACCUUCAAGCGGCGCUGCGUGCGAUGCUUCCGCCCUACAUGCUGCCGGCACUUUUCAUCCCUCUGCAACUUCUUCCGACAAAUGCAUCUGGCAAAACAGACCGCAAGCUGCUGGGCCGCGCCAUAAACACUUUGUCGGACGCCCAGCUGCAAGCCUACUCCCUCCAGGAUCGUGUAAUCAAGCGCCCGCUCGAGACUCUAAUGGAGCGCAGGUUGGCCGGUCUCUGGGCCGAAGCUCUCGCUGUCGACGCCUCCACUAUUGGCGCCGAUGACACCUUCUUUGGCCUCGGUGGAGAUUCCAUUGUUGCCAUGAAAUUGGCCAGUCUCGCUCGCAAUUCGCAACUCGGUUUGACUGUCGCCGAUCUCUUCACUCACCCAAUUCUGGCGGAUCUAGCCGCCUAUCUAAGUACCCAAAUGCCACCCACCCCGGGGACCGAGACGCCACCACUGGUGCCCAAGUUGACGACUGCGACAGCUCCCGUGCUGGAUCUCGCUCUGGCUGAGGUUCUGGCACCGCAGAUAGGUGUUGUUCCUAGCGCGAUCGCUGCUAUUCAGCAUACAACGGACUUCCAGGAUGUCGCACUGGUCGGCCAUCUGAGCGAGUCCCGCUGGAUGCUGAACUGGUUUUACUUCGAUGGUCCCGGUGCUCCUGACAUCGAACGCCUCCGUCAGGCCUGUUACUUCUUGGUUCAGCACUUUGACAUUCUCCGUACGGUCUUCGCACCUCACGCAGGCCACUUCUGGCAGGUGGUUCUGCACAAGUUGCAGCCCUGCUUCGACGUUGAGACUACCGCCGACCUCGCCGCCUUCACUCAAGGCUUGUACGAUAAGGGCAUCGCAAACGAUUUCCAGCUAUCCGAGCCCUAUGUACGGUUUGUACUAGCCGUGCAUCCAAACGGUCAGUCACACCGUCUGCUGAUGCGCCUGUCACACGCGCAAUAUGAUGCCGGUUCACCAGAGACCCGCUUUGUCGUGCACAACAAGCCCAGCCUGCGCGACGACGCCACGGAGCGCGUGUUGCAUGUUACCCGCCACCACGUUCCAGUGGUUUCGCUACCCCAGUAUGGCAUCACGACAGCCACGGUCCUCAAAUCUGCUUGGGCGGUGCUGCUAGCACGCCUGACUGACUCUACCGAUGUCGUCUUCGGACACACAACCGCCAAUCGCUCUGCCGCGACAUUGGCGAGCAUUGAUACUGUCGUGGGUCCUUGUUUGAAUGUAGUGCCAGUUCGCGCACGCUUGGAUGCACGUCAAACAGUGCUCGAACUUCUUUUGGCACAGCAGCAGCAACAGGUAGCAAACUUACCCCAUGAGUUCCUUGGCUUCCGUCAAAUCAUACGUGACUGCACGGACUGGCAGCGCUGGUCUCACUUCAGCAGUGUGGUGCAGCAUCAAAAUAUCGAGCCCGACUGUGCGUUGCAGCUAGACCAGGACAAUGCCACCGCCCUCUAUGAGCCUGGUUUCAUGGGCGCUGAUCUCGACCUCACGGAUGUUUCAUUGUUGUCGACUCCCACGGGCGAUGGCUACGUUGACCUAGAUCUGCUCACCUCAUCGGCAGUCAUGACGCCGUUCGCGGCGGAGUUGCUGAUUGAGCAGUUAGGCAGUCUGCUGCGCUUGUGGGCAGCCCUGCCAGUGGAAAAGACGCCCGUUUACGAAAAGGGGGAGUCGCCGGCUCUGCUCCCUCUACACAGUAGAGAAGAGCGCCCAGUUGACGAAUUGCUUGAGAAGAGCCCUCUGCCGACUACGAACUCCAACGUCCGGGCGGCGGUGCAGCAGGCGUGGCGUACCAUCCUUCCCAUUGAUUCUCGGAUUGAUGAUGGCAAGGUAGACUUCUUUGAGGCGGGAGGAGAUCUGGUACACAUGGCUCUGCUGCUCUGUGAGUUGCAAGCUCACGGUGUUGGUGGUGCUGUGCGCCUAGAGACACUAGUGCAGCAUUCUUCCCUGGAUUCCAUGGUGCGGGUGCUCCAGUAA